GUGUGUUGGCAUGUUUAGGAUACAGUAGUAGGUCAUUGACAUUUUGAGUCAGCCAUGGAGACAGCUUGUGUGAAACCCAGACCCAGUUGAUCACCUUUAACUGGUGUGUUAUUUAGAUUAACAGAACACCACAGCGCGUAUUGCAGCAACAAUCUCCAUAAGCAAGUUAAAUUGCUGAGCAUGUCCAGAGGCAGCUGAUCCCUUUUGUUGCGGGUGUGCUGAAAUCCAACGGCCUCAGGACCCUGAGGAUCCAGGACUCCACAUUCUUUCCUUUCCUCCGCCCUCUAUUCUAAUCUAUCCAAUUUAAAGUAUGUUUCCAACAAGUUUGGUCCUGUGAUUGUUAACCAAGUGGACGGAGAGAUGAGGCAGCUGGCACUUUGCGCGUUUCCCGUUCUUAUGAUGAUAAUGGGGAUGGAAUGCGCAGAGCCUGUGGCAGGACUGAAUAAAACAGUGACCCGAUGGAAAGCUGGCCACUGCCCGCGGCGUUUGAACGUGGUGCCCUCUAGUAAGGGAUGCGUCUGUGAUGAUGACUGCGCAGGAGACGAUAAAUGUUGCAUCUUUGACUGUGGAUCUGUCUGCGUACCGCCUGCAUUCACAAAACCAGGCAUAUGCCCGCGCAGUAGGACAAUUGGCGUAGGGGUGUGCGCAGAGUUCUGCUCCGACGACAGUGACUGCCCAGAGAAUGAAAAAUGCUGCCACAAUGGAUGUGGUCACACGUGCAUGGCUCCAUACACAGUGAAACCCGGGCGUUGUGGUUUACCGAAGGGCACCCCAAUGUGCGCAGAGUACUGCUACCAUGACGGCCAGUGCCCCGCGGAGCAGAAGUGCUGUCGGACAACCUGUGGCCACUCCUGCGCAGAGCCAUGCUAACAGGACCACGCAGUAGGGUCCGAGACUUCGAGACACCAGUAUCUUAGUUUUGCAUUUAUAUAGUAGACUAUGUUAUCAAACUACAACUUAACGUUGUAUGUAAUUCUGUGGUUUUCAAAGGACGUCCAAGUGUCUUUCUAGUAUUUGUAUAAUUGUGCAUUUUGUAAUGUAUGUAAUUAACAAGAUUAAAGGCAAAUAAAAUGACUGUACCUUGUUAGAGUCCAAUCUAAUGUUUGUGUAUCGUAUGCAUAGCCUAUCACUAACACAACCUGAAAACACAGACUUUUUGUAACCAUCCUUAUCCAAUGUAAAUCAACAUUGAGAUGUUUGUCCAUCUCACUACUCAUUCUACCACUGUGGCAACAUCUGGCCCCUAAUACUGCAGUUACUUGGGCUGCCUAGACCCCUUUUGUCCUCCAGGAACCCCUAUCAAGCUUGGGUGGCUAUGAUGGACCGACUGGGUAGCUCGACAUGGCCAUCAACAUUUUGGAAUGCAAACACCCAUUUUCCACACUUGGGUGCCAAACACGUGCAGUACAAUUUGCUUGGCAGUGAAAGAGAACUCUGUAGGCUAUGGACUCCUCUCCUGGAGCUUGGCUGGAUCCAAGCUGGGCUUGUUGACAGAAAUAAAA